CGAGUUCAAAUCUCCUCCACUUCCGCAAAAGCGGUUGCGUCUUUCCAAAGAAGAAGUCAAGCUUCGAGCCUUCCUUCUGUUGCCACCAAAUGGGGCUUUGCCUUAGCAAGAAGAAGGCGGUCUCGCCGCCAAGGAGUGCUCCCACUUCCUGUAGCGCCCCGAGCGACAAGAAAGUAGAGAAGCCAUCUCAGAGAGUGGUGGAAGCAACCGCUGAGAAGAAGCAGGUGUUUGUCGUCGCCCACAACGCCAAGAAGAGCGCGGCCGAAGACGACAAGGAGAAGAAGCGUGGCGAGACCCCGACGAAGAAGACCGGCAAAGAGGUCGAGACUAAUGGCGCUGGUGGGGUCGUGGUGGUGCCUGCGGUGGAGGAAUUCAGGCCGGUUGCUGCCGUCAGGACCUCAAGCUGCACCAAGGAGGAAGUGGACGCCAUACUGAUCCAGUGCGGCCGCCUCAGCCGCAGCUCGUCGGGGAAGGCCUCCGACGAGACGGGGAUUGGACACAGAAAGUACUCGGGUUCGAAGCGCAGCUAUGAUUUUGACAAUGAGAAGAAGGGGGAUGAGGAGGAAGGGGAGUGGGGGGAGAAGCCCGCGUCGAGGCCUUCCCCUCGCCGGAGAACGCCCAGCCGGGAGCGGUCGGGGAGCAGGGAGCGAGGAAGCGGUGGCGGAGGACGGAGGGUGAGCCGAUCUCCCGGGAGGCGCUCCGAAGUGCCGGCUUCGUCGGGCACCCCCAACGAGAGGUCGAAGCCGCCAGCAAAGAUGGUGGCUGUUCCGGCACGUGAGAAGGGGAGGGGAGUCUCCCCUGCUGCCUCUAACAAGAGAGGUGGCGAGGCCGGAGCCUUGAGGAGCGCUUCACCUCGGUCGCGGUCGCCGGCGAAUACUACUCCGAUAUCUAAUGAGAAUGCUACCUAUCAUGUUCCGCCUCCGAACCAGCCGCAAUCCCUCAGCCGGAGCUCGUCGAGGAAGGCCGAGCAAUCGCCGUUUCGCAGGAAUCCGAUGGCAGAAAUUGACGAGAACGCCCUCAGAGCAAACCAACAUGCGAGCAUUGAUAACAAGAUUCAGAAGACCAACGAAGGCGAGGAAAGAAUUCGGAAGCUGAGCCAAUCGCACACGCAGAAAACAAGCGAAAACAGUAUUCGAGCAAGCAAAUCUUCUUCGCAAAGAAAUGGAUCAGCAGCAGAGUUCACAAGCGCAACAAGAAGCAACGAUGUGCAGGUGAUGAGCUGUAGAGCGAAAGAGCUAGAGACGGAAGCUGCAGUCGCGGAAGAAGCCAUAGCAAAAGCGUCAUCCAAGGUUACAGAGUCGCCGAAUCUUGGGGUGGAAAGCCACAUCCUGAAGACCAUUUCAGGAACUAGAUCCUCCAGAGAUCUCGACCACCCUUCUGAGCUGAACCAGGAAGCCUUUCUCAAUCCCAAUUCCUAUGCUUCUUCUCUUCUUGAAGACAUCCAUAAUUACCAGCAGCAGCUUCCGAAAGCAUCCUUCUCCCUCCCUGCUUGUGUGUCCAAGGCCUGCUCGAUCCUCGAAGCAGUGGCUGAUCUCAACUCCGCUUCGUCGGAGAACAAUGGCUCGCUCAAUGGACGGCACCAAAGGAGAGGUUCGGCAUCGAAAGUGCCAUUUGUGGAAUCGGAGAUUGUGGUGAAGGAUGAUCUCCUGGAGCCAAGCCUCCAUAAGUAUGUUACAGUGAGGGACAUGAGGAGGAGCGAUGUAGAGCCUCAGGAAUCCGCGGGGAGCAACAGCUUCAUGGGACAGCCAUGGUCUUCGGGGUGGGAGCCCAAUUCGGUCGAUUCCACGGACCGCUACCAGAAUUCAAGAUCGAUUGAUGGUGAGGAGGUGGAGGAAGAAGAAGCCAACCAGAGCCCGGUGAGCCAUGGGAGUCGGUACCACCAGCAGCCAGUUCCCGAGGUUGUACGAGAACCUGAAACCCGAGGAAGAAGAUCGAGGGGUGUCUCCGGUAACAGCAGCAACCAUCGGUCUCCUGCGAAGUCGAGCAAGAACAGUAAGAGAGAACUUCAUCAUCGUGUCCAGCUUCACCGAACUGGUAGUGGUGACAGUGGUGGUGGUAAGCCGGGCAGUAACCGAGCCUACUCUGCUGAUGCUUCGAGCUCGUAGUGGCUGUACCAAUGCGCCUUGGUUCUACAAUCUUUUGGUGCCAUGGCAAGGGAGAAUUUGCCAUUGAUGAUGUAAUUUCUCUUCUCCUUCUUUCCACACAAUCUCAGAUGCUGUGGUGGAAAUGGUUGUGGCAAUCUAUGCUUGUAGUUGGCAUUCAAAUCUUGUUUAGUUCUAGGUAGAAUUCCUUCUUAUUAUGCUGUAACAGUAGUUUUUGCAUGUUA